AUGCGGCCCCUAAUUGGCAGGUUUGAGGGACGCCUUGAGGAGGCAGCCUUUGCAGUCGAGCUCAUAGAGUCGGAGGGCGACGCCGAGGCCAGCGGCGAGGCCGCCUCGCUGCUGCGCGAGGCGCUGGCGGGCCUGUCGGCGCUGGACGCGGCGCUCGAGCGCUGGGAGCUGCGGCGGCUGCUGGCGGGGCCCCACGACCACCGGGGGGCCGUGCUGACUGUGCAGGCGGGGGCCGGCGGCGUGGACGCCAUGGACUGGGCCGAAAUGCUCGAGCGCAUGUACACCCGCUGGGCGGCCUCCCAGGGCUACCGCGUGGCCACGGCGGAGCGCACGGCCGGGGAGGAGGCCGGCGUGAAGAGCGUGGAGCUGAUGGUGGAGGGGCGGUUCGCGUACGGCUACCUCAAGGGCGAGAAGGGCACACACCGUUUGGUGCGCAGCAGCCCGUUCAACGCCAAGGGGCUUCGGCAGACCAGCUUUGCUGGGGUGGAGGUGAUGCCGCUGCUGGGCGAUGAGGAGGGGCCGGUCCUGGAGAUUCCCGAUAGGUGGGCAAGGCGGCCGACUCCGCACAGAUGCGGCUAA